AUGGCUUUCUACGCCCUGCCGGUGCUGCUGGCGUACCUGCUGCUCGUGAAGACCUUGAGAUUCCGUCGAAUCGAUAAGCUGCAGACGCAGUACAGUACUACAUCACUCGCUUCAAUGACGGAUCGUGAGGCAUGGGGGAUCCAGAAAAGCAUGAUGGAACUUGAGUUCCCAUUUACCUUUUACAAAAGCCUCCAGUUCGCUCUAUUCCGGACAUACGGUAUUCCAACAAUAUCAAAAACACUCACCAAAACCCAGCUGUUUGCCAACCCUCUAUACUCAUUCAAACGCUAUGCAGACACCGUGCUACUCAUUGGCGAAUUCACAUCUCACGACCCAACCUCUGAACGGACUCGCAUUGCCAUUGCACGCACGAAUUUCAUCCACAGCCCAUAUCUCCAGUCCGGCGCAAUCACACCGGAAGACAUGCUAUACACCCUGUCUCUAUUCGCCACCGAGCCACUCCGUUUCAUUGACUUGUAUGAAUGGCGGAGCACCACCACCCUUGAGCGCUGCGCGAUGGGAGUAUUCUGGAAGAGCGUCGGCGAUGCAUUGGGCAUUGAUUACGCAGGCUACCUGCCUUCUGCCUCCAAGGGAUUCCGCGAUGGUAACCACUGGUUGCAGGAAGUCACAGCAUGGGCACAAGAAUACGAAGCAAAGGCAAUGGUCCCAGCCCAAUCAAAUAGAGAAACAGCAGAGCAGACGACAGCCUUAUUGACGUACGUUCUUCCUCCGCGGCUCAAGUUAAUAGGCGAGUGGUUUGUUUCACACAUGAUGGACGAUCGACUUCGACGCGCAAUGAUAUAUGACCCUGCCCCGGAUCUUGCAAAUGUCGUCUUUUCAGCCUCGUUUUCACUUCGGAAGUUUAUUCUUCGGUAUUUGACUCUUCCUCGCCCAGAGUUCUUGCGAUCGCUAUCCUUUAGCGAGAAACCAGAUCCGGUGACGGGGACGUAUCAUUUAUUGUCUUGGUCAGCGCAGCCAUUUUACGUAAAACCCACGUUGUGGAAUCGAUGGCUAAGUCCUGCGGCUCUCUUCUUUCGCAUCCUGGGAUUGCCAGUUCCGGGAGAUCAGGGGGAUACGUUCUUUCCGAAUGGGUAUCAUUUGGAUAACGUUGGUCCGAAUACGUUCAGUGGCAAAGGCAAGGAUUUUAUGGAGAAACAGAUCAAGAUUUUGGAAGUGGAGAGGAGAGGACAAUGUCCUUUUCAUUAA